CCAGUGCAAAAGACGCUCACCCUCGCCGUGGACGCGUCCUGCUCUCCGUCCGCGCGUCCGGCUUUUUAAUCGUUCGUCUCUACGUGGUGUCAUACACACAGCUUCUUCGUAGCUCUGUAUAGCGGUGUAACGAUCGCCAGUGGCGUGCGCCACGCUCGUUGUAUUUUGGUCCGGAGGCCCCGCCGGCUCUGUGUAUAGUGGAACGGGGUCAGUCGAUACCGGCACGUUGUAGCCUAUACUCUCUACGAUUUUCAAAGCGCAGCAGGUCCUAUUGCGUUUGUUUACCUCUGCGCACGCAGCCAUGCUAUAGGUACUCUGUGAGUGUGUGUACUUGCAAGCUCGGGAGAGCCGGUCUGGUGCGUCGACGCCCUAGUCGCGCCCGGCGCCAAUCGCGGGAGUGUCUAUAUUCUCUCUGCCUCCGUCGUCGGUACUUUUUGGAUGCUGCUGCGUAACGACACGUGCCAGAGCUUCUCGUCGCGAGUGUCGCGUGACUCAUCGCUCUCUCUCUCUCUCUCUCUCUCUCUCUCUCUCUCUCUCUCUCUCUCUCUCUCUCUCUCUCUCUUUCUCUCUCUCUCUCUCUCUCUCUCUCUCUCUCUCUCUCUCUCUCUCUCUCUCUGUAACGCGCUUCACGUAGGUAGUCGGAUUAAUCGGGAAGAGUAUAUAGCUGCAGUGCGGAGGUGCUAUUUUCGCGAUGCUGGAUCACACGAUGAUGCAACGCAGUAGUGCUUGUGAUUAUGUUGUGCAGUGUCAAGUAUAGUGCCCUCUUCGUUGCACUACACGUCGAUUAUGGUACGCGCCAAGCGUCUUCCUUACUUACGGCGCUCUCGAGUGUGUGUGCGAGGUGUAUGAGGUACACGCCGGCUGAAUAAUGAAUGACAAAAUGGAACGAAAGCCAUCAGCCGGCUUGCAGAAACUGUUCCCCGAUCGAUACUCCGUCAUUGGCGAUAAGAAAAUCUUGGAUUCGACGAAGGAGCAACAUUGAGAAGCUACACUCACUUGAACCUUCAGACACACCUAUACCUGUGCAACCCCGAUGAAUUUUCUGCUACGAUGCGGACGCUAUUGUUAGAGACGAGUUCCCCAGAAAGACGGGGAGGCUCUUGAAGCUUUCCAGCAUUUCGAGCACACACACAUAACAACACUGACAACUGAACUCGAGCUCUGCUGCAUACGGAGAGAGAGAGAGAGAGAGAGAGAGAGAGAGAAAAGUGGCAAACAGGAUGAGUCACUUUGACUGGAAGCUGCUGCGCCGGAAGAAGGUGAUACCAGCGGACCGCAGGGCGAUCGCCGACAAGGACAGCGAGACCUGGAGCCUGGCAAUCGAGCAUCCGACCGAAACAUGUCCCGCCGACGCCCAAGACCCUCUGCUGUGCACGAAUAUCCCGGAAGAAAAGCCUCCUGCAGCUCCGGAGCCGGCGGAGCAGCUGACCUGUCGCAACCACGAGACCCGCAAGAGCAAGAGCAAGCGCGUCAAGAGCUACUUGAAACGCUGCAAGGGUGCGCUGACGAAAAACGACGAGACGUCCUGCGAGCGAAAGAAGAACGACGCAGCUCCGCAACAGGCCUCCUCCUGGUACGUCGAGGGCAAGAAAGAUUCGGCCGCGUUAGCAAAAUCUGAGGAGGACGACGCGGAGCAGAGGCCCGAGGAGAUCUUCGAGCUGUGCAAGGCGAGAAGCGUCAGCGUGACCAGAGGCAGCAGGAGCUCGCUGUACGAGGAUGCGAGGGACGAGUUCGGGGCCGCGAGUUCGGAAGCGAAGGAACUGGGGGAUGCCGACGGGGGAUUGAACAAGUGCGAUUCCAGUGAUACGCUGAUUGCCGAGACGCAGGAGGCGAAGGAGGACAGCGAGGAGGAUGGAGGACCCUCUACGCCCACGCUGAUACCCAACGCUGUGGUACGCGGAGAUGCCGCCUCGUUGAUACGCAGCUACCUCGGGCCGAUUUACGGUGAGAGCGUGCUCGACAUCCUGACCAGGCAAGCUCGCGACAUCCUCGUCUGUGCCUAUCACGGCAACCUCGAAAAUUUCGUCAAAUCCUAUCUGUCGCCGGCUGUGAAGCUCCUCAGCGAAGUCAAACGCAUCGCUUCUAAAAAGGGCAACGAGUUCGUGAUACCCGAAGGCUGGCCCUUGACCCUUGGUGGUCACGGGCUCGUCCUGCGGCUCGGCGAAUUGGAGGCCUCGGCGCUUCGUCUCGGGGAAUGCUACCUCUGCGUGCGCAGCGCAGCUGCGAGCGCCACAGCCGCCCUGGCCACGAAGACGACGACAGUUCCGCCGCACCAGCUGAAGACCGCUGCAUCCGUUGCCACUGUACAGACAGCCAACGCCACUGACGCGGACGAAAGGAACACCGUUGAGAUAGCCCUGGUGUGGCGAGCAUCGCCGAUGCGGGCCCCAGGGAUCCUCGGUUGGGACCGGGAGGACGAGUUCAUGGACUGGCGCGAGCCGAGUUCCGGGACAGUCAGCGCCGCCGCCGCUUCCCAGAAGCUGGCCAGCUCCAGCUCAGCAGCCUCGGCCAUCUCUUCGUCCUCAUCCUCGGCCUCGUCCAGCUCCUCCGACAGGUGGCACCACCACUAUCGUCGCCACGUGGACCGCGAGGAAGAGUCCCAGCGCUACAGGAGCCACCACGAGAGCAGGUCCACCGAGAGACACAGUUACUCCUCGAGAACACAGCCGACUACGGCCGAGCUGCUGUCCGUAGGGACUGUCGGCCACGACGUCGUCAAGUCCAAGUCGUCGUCGAGUGUCGACGCUUGGGCCGAAGAAGCGCGCGCAUCCAGCGAGCGAAGGUCUACCAGCUCCAGCAGAUGCGCCGAAAGAGAUGGCAUUUCUGGACCCGUAGCGUCUGAGACGAGGAACAAGCUGAAGCGCGGCACGCGCGUCGUCUCUCCAGCAACGAUGGAGAAGUGGAAGGAAACAACCAGAUGCGAGACGCGCAGUCGAGUUCUGGCCCCUCGCGACUUGGCCAACCCGGGGACUCUCGAGUCCGUCGCCACUAACCACCACGGUCUCCACCACCAUCACCACCACCACCAUCACCACCAGUUCAAGGAUCGUCAGUUGAACAACGGAUUGGAUCAUCAGCGCUUCGACGGAGUCUUGAGACCGGACGAGGUCUCGGACAUCGAGCUGCCCGCCUACAUCAACACGCUGCUCGUGACGGUCGAGCGGAAGAUCGAGCGCGUGUCCAUCGACGACCUCACCUUUCCCUGCACCGCUUGCAGGAACAUCGACAUUGAUGAUCCUCUGCUUGGCUGCAAGUGCGCGGGGGAUGGCUGCGAGUGCGAGAACGAGGCGAGCUGCGAGUGCUCUGGCGGAGAGAACAAGAUAGAGGCCAGAAGCUUCGAGGUGGCCGGUAUCAAGCACAUCGACAGCGACGACGAGGAGGAAGUCCGCAUGGGUUUCGGCACGAAGAAGCGAGUCGACGACGUCACGGCGCCCAGGACCAUACACGAGGUGUCCGAGCGAGCGCUCAACUGCGGCCUCACGCUACCUGGUUACACGGACGUGGCAGGUCGUCCAGUCCUGGAAUUCGACGGCGGCUCGACGCGCCGCGACGUCGUCUCGUCCCGGGAAAUGGCUUCCCUCCUUCUCUACCUCGCACGUCUGCCAAGUGACGACUCGACGCAAGACGGAUUUGCGCUACUCGUCAAUGCCAAUUCGAAGGAAGAAGUGGAGACUCUUGAUCGGGCGCUCACUCUUCUGAAGGGCAAAAUCAAAAUACCUCAGGCGUACCUUCUGCGAAGCGCACCGGAAGGCAGGACGGCCGACCUCUUUCCGCGCAGCCACCUCAAGAUCGUCAGCGUGGACCAAAACACGUUGGAGAAACACAUCCCCAGGCGAACGACGGAUUACCAUCACGAGCAUUGUGUUGCUUAUUAUAAGGAGUUCGACAGCGUGAUGACGGAGUGGCAAGCUGCCGGUCGCCGACUCGCCCUCGAGAUGUCCGAGCUGAAAGAGUGCACGAGCUUGUCGGGCAGUCUGACGCCCCUGAAUCGACUGCUCACAGAUCCGACCCUCAGGCGUACGGGGAGGGACGCAGAGGAGUCGAUCGCCGUACUCGAGGAGAGGGCAGCGCCAAUUGCCAAUGUCGAACACGUCAGGUUGUCGCUCGAGCGGGCGCGGAGACUCGUGGAGGAAGUUGGCAACGCGGCGACGAGGCUCGAGUCAUCGUUCGAGUCGAGACGCGCCACCAUUCGCAACCUCGCUGUGCUGAGGAGCAUCGAGGAUCAGGCGCGUGAGGUUCUAUCCUGGCUGUGCAAGAAAGGCGAGGACAUCCUCUCGAAACACGGACAGCACUCGGCCACCAGCCUCACGACGGCGCGGCUUCAUGAACGGGAAUUCGAGAAGUUCUACUUCACGUCGAUGAGACACCUUGACAAGGGCAGCGACCUAGCCGAGGCAGCCUCGGCCUCGGGUCUGCGCGAGCUCGCUCGCUCACUGAAGCACCAUCUCCGAGGAUUCGGCGCCCGCUUGGAGGAUCGGCGCGAGUACCUCGAGGACACGUCCCGAUGCUGUCUGCUGCAGGACAGGGCUUACGAGUGGGCUCAGGAGGCGCGACUCGCCGGCGACCGUCGAGCCCAGCAGUUCCUCGCUGCCCGACCGCCGCUGCCUCCCGAGCACUUCGCCGAGAUGAUGGCCCUCGCGGAGAAGCUCGGCAACGAGAUACUCCUCGAGCAGUGCCGACUCGCCAGGGCCAAGUGCGCCGAGGCGCUGGAAAUGGCCCGGACCUGCUCUGCGCCGGGUAGCCCUGCCAGGAGGAGGAGCCUCGCCAAUUCCGACUCGGCCAACUCUUGGGACGAUGCGCUGGCUAAACGCGCAAGCUGGGACGACAGCGACAGCAGCGGUGCCUCCUACGCCGGAGCGAUGGAGAGUCUAGGCGGCAGCAGUGGUGGCAGUGGCGGUGGAAGCGGCACUGGAGGUCGAGGUGCCCUUCUCGACAACAUCGCCGAGCUGCGCGAAAGCGCGGAACAGCUGCUCGACUGCUCACCCCCGAGGACGCCGCCAAGGAGUCCGCAAGCACCGCGGCGACUCGUCAAGCCGCCCGUCAACUCGCACCUGCACCGGGCGCCCAGCAUUGCGCCCGGCAUGAAAGCUAAAAAAACCAUAUUACUCAUAAUGAGGGAGAUGAUCCAGACUGAACGUGACUACGUGAAAUCCCUCGAAUACAUAAUAGAGAAUUACAUACCCGAGCUAGUUCGAGAAGACAUUCCGCAGUCGCUGAGAGGCCAGAGAAACGUAAUCUUCGGCAACGUGGAAAAGAUUUACGAGUUCCACAGCCAGUACUUCCUCCGCGAGCUGGAGCAGUGCGAACAAUCGCCGAUGAUGGUCGGACAGUGCUUCCUACGCCAUGAAAAGAAGUUCUACCUCUACGCGCUGUACAACAAGAAUAAGCCAAACUCGGACUCGCUGAUGGCCGAGUACGGCACAGCCUUCUUCAAGGCCAAGCAGAUGGAGCUGGGCGACAAAAUGGACCUAGCGAGUUACCUGCUGAAGCCGGUCCAGCGAAUGGGCAAGUACGCGCUGCUGCUCCAGCAGCUCGUCAAGGCGGGCACCGAUCUGUCCGAGCAGUUGUCGGCCGGCAAAGGCAGCGAGGACGGCAGCAAAGAUGAGAAGGACGGCACCGGAAGCGAAGGUGGACCCAGACCAAUGGUUGAGGGAGAGGCCGACCUCAGGGCGGCCGAACAGAUGGUUCGAUUCCAGCUGAGGCACGGAAACGAUUUGCUAGCUAUGGAUUCGCUGCGCGACUGCGACGUGAACGUGAAAGAGCAGGGCAGGCUACUGCGGCAAAACGAAUUCCUGGUGUGGCAGGGCAAGGGCAAGAAGUGUCUUCGCCAAGUUUUCCUCUUCGAGGAUCUCAUACUGUUCAGCAAAGCUCGUCGAUUCCCCGAUAGAAAGGCUUUCGAUUUUGCAUUGCAGAAUCUCGAUAUCUACAUCUACAAGCACAGCAUCAAGACGACGGACAUCGGCCUGACGGCCGUUAUAGCCGACUCGCCCACGAAGUUCGAGAUCUGGUUCCGAAAGAGAAAACCUGGCGAUACGUACACGCUGCAGUGCGCCAGCGAGGACAUCAAGAAAGCCUGGACUGAGGAGCUCAGCAAUCUUUUAUGGAAACAGGCGCUUCGAAACAGAGAAGUGCGCCUGGCAGAAAUGUCGAGCAUGGGUAUUGGCAACAAGCCGUGCCUGGAUAUCAGGCCCAGCGCCGAUCAGAUUAACGACCGCUCCAUCAGCGUGGCGCAGUUAUCAAAAACAGCUCCGAGGUUCAGGAACUCGAUAGCCGUAUCGAACAGCGACGAUUCGAGCCGAUGCAGCAGACGACCUCACAGUGUCAUAUCCGUCAGCUCAUCCUCGAGCAGCGGCGGCAGUAGCGGACCUCCGACCACUCUCAACCUGGGAUUGGACACGAGUCCGCGGCUUCAUCAUAGAAGCACCACUUUAAAUAGUCAAUGCAGUGUUGAGAGCGGAAUAAUCGCCGACAUUUCGAUAGUGUCGGACGACGGUGGUGAUGGCACGGAUCGCAGCCACUGGAACUCAACGCUCGAGUCUCCAACCUCGCAGUUGCCGCCGACUGGUCACUCGACGCCUCAGCUCCAGUCGCCGACAAGCACCGGCGGUACCAUGAGUGGCGCCUCCUCAGUUACCUCGCCCUCCUCCUCGGAGGCCAAUCUUGCGCCCUACGAUCAGGACGUCUCUAUCAAUCUUUGAGACAUCGCAGCCAACCUCUCCUAGCGACCUUAACACUAAGCAUAAGCGAUUGAAUUUUACAAGAUAUAUAAAUAUAUACAUAUACAUAUAUAUUUUUUCUUGCAUAUAUAUUCGAAUGCACGCUCGAGAGAUGCUUUUCAUCGAAGGAAUUAUGAGAGUACGCGGUUUUUCACACAGCUGUAAAUGUAUAGGUUAUAGACAGAGAUAAUCACGAGGAGGAGGAUAUGUAGGAAUCGACGGUUCGCUUGGGUUUUGAGAUGUGUUUGCAUGCCAUAUAGGAAUCAAAAUCUAUUGUAGUCGACGGUUUUUUUUUCUAUUUUUAGGGAUUAAACGAGUCAGUCUCACUUUAACCAAACGAAUUUUGUAUUACAUUUACUUUUUUACUUUUAUAUGUGCAAGUAACCCUAAAAUUGUUUUGGUAUUUAGUGAAACCACUCUAUUAUUAUAUUUUUAAAAGCGGAAUACACGAGCGAACCGUUGAAUGUUGAUUCUUUUUAACUACGUAUUGCACGCUACAGUGUCUCACGAAGCAACGUGGGAACUGAAAACGCAAAAAUUUAAUAAAAACGUGGCAUUCCUGAUUCGGAACGUCCGGGUCCACUAUAUCGUUCUUGCCUGCACUGAUCGGCAAGGAUUUAGAAAGUUAUUUUUUAAAGAUCGUCUGUUUUUUGUACACGAAAGUAUGAUAUGAUGAUAAACACCGCGAAACGCCGACUAUUUUUUGCAUUUGCCUUUUAAAAACUUUUGUACACUUAUACCUUAUUGAUAAUGUACAUGAACACGGUUGCAUACAGUUUCACACAAUUACACCUCAACUCGCUUGAAUCACACGGUCGUUUCAACCUCAGUAAUUCAGGAAUGUCAGGAUACAUAAGAGAACGAUCAUGCGCACAUGUCAAGAAAACCAACACAUACCACUUUUUGUAAGAUAUUGUAAUAUAUUAAAGGUUUUAUAUAACAUAGUAAGUGCGUCAUUAUAUCUUGUAGUUUCUUACUUUGUUUUCCAGAUAAUAUAUCAAAAAACGUAAUUCUUAAGGUCAUCAUUAUUAUUAAUAAUAAUAUUAUUUUUAUCAUCAGAAAUUAUUAUUAUUAUUAUUAUUAUUAUUAUUGCUAUUAUUACAUUGAUUAUAAUUACUAUUAUAAUUCUUAACCUCAAGUCAUUUGUAAAACAAUUUUUAUCGUCUGUAGUCCGUAAUUCUAGCUUGUAAUACGCCCUGGCCUGUACACUAAAGCCAAAUUUUAAUUUUAACCCUGACAUGUAACGAUCUAAAUUCAACGUUAUUAUCGUAUGAGUUAUUGUAUUUGCGUGGCGCGUGGCUAGUUUUUGACGAGCUUAGGUUAUAGAUUAAACAAAAAAUUAAGCUCCUCUUAAGACGGCCCGCGCUCAAAACGAUCGUAAAAAAGUUUCUUCUUUAGUGAAAUUACUUUUUUCCUCCCCUUUAGUCGACUAACAAUUCCUCGAUGCUACAUGUAUAAUGAUAAAUUAUAUUGAUAAUAUCUUUUGACUGUGUUCUCUCAAAAAUCUCGUGCGCACGAUCGACGUUUGGCUGCGCGUUGAAAGUACUAUAUAUACCUCUGAUGAAGCAUUUUAUUAUCAUCAGCGAAACUCUUCGUUAAGAUAUUUUUAUACGAUGUCUUUUCCGCUAUGAUGCAUGAGUUGCAAGGCCAUUAUUGCGCGGACCGAAGAGAAUCCGGUACAAACGGCGAUCGCCCGUAUGAAUUCAUCUACAUAAAUAUUGAGAAGACAAUUAAGGGAAAAAGCCUUUAUUUUGUUAUCGAUUAAGAGACAAGAGAAUUAAUUAAUUAUUUUUAAUUUCGGAAAAUCACGGUCCGCCCAGAUAUUGGCGAUUAUAUCUCGAGGAUAGCGACCGAAAAAUAUUUAUUUUUGCGUAUUUUUGUGAUUCCAAUUAUACUUCGAAUCCAGACGAAUAAUUUGAUUUGUUUUUUCUCUGUCUCUCGUUUGUUAAUGAAUUUAUCAAAUAGCAAAAAAAAAUAGAAAAAUAAAACCGUAGAUUGUAGAGAAGAAUAAAAGUAAAGCGAGAACUUUUUGGCACUUGUCCUAACGAAAUAUAACAGUUUUCCAUCCGAAAUAUUGUAACCGCCUUGCUGUCGAUUGAAAAAUUAGUUUUCAGAAAGAAAACUAAUUUCUUGACGAUUUUACACGGAUUUUUCGAUGCGAGUUCUAUGUCAGAUGUAUUGCAUUCGAUCUCAAAAUUUAUUUUUAUCAAUGAAUAUGAAAAUAAAAAACAAUGAUAAUGCCAUAAAAUUGUUUUUUCUUUAAUCAUAUCCUUUGAAAAUAAAGCCGAAAAACAGCGAUUAAUUUUGAGAUCAAGUGAAGGCAAUAUACAAUAAAACCAUCAGUUUCCCAUUUUGUAAAAUGAAGUUUUUUUGCGUCGAUUUAUCUUUGCAAGUAAACCACGUAAAUGUGCUGAUUGGCAUAAUAGAGAGUAGCAGUCAUAAUCACGCGGUACUAAACUACCUAACGAUUAAGAUUUGCCGAUAGUCACUUCAUACAGUUUUACUUCCCCAUCCACUCAUCAAUUUCGCGCCCUAUCAAUUUAGGUAUUUAUUAAUUAAUCCCCCAAUCAUUGGUUAAGGUAAAUGAUGACGCCGAUCUUCGCUCGAACUCACUGCAUCCUAAGUUGUCAACAAGUGUACAUAUUAUAUGAUUGAUAAUACGUUAUUUUUCAGUAUUGUAACUGUCUCUAACACCGAUGUAUUUUAUUACUUUAUGAAAAUAUACUAUAUUGGGUGCCUUUUGUAGCGAAAA